AUGAGGUUACUAAACAUCUUCACGACUUUGUGUCUCCUAUUGUGGGGUGGAGCUGCUACAAAUGAUGGAUUGACCGAUGUUGUAGAAUGGGAUCCAUAUAGUUUGACAGUCAAUGGCUCUAGAGUGUUCAUAUUCUCUGCCGAGUUUCAUUAUCAACGGAUGCCCGUUCCCGAACUAUGGCUCGAUAUCUUCCAAAAGUUUCGAGCAAAUGGUUUCAACACAAUUAGUGUAUAUUUUUUCUGGUCUUAUCACGAGGCCUCAAAAGGAAAAUUUGACUUCGAAACAUCAGGCAAGAAUGUUCAAAGAGUUCUUGAUUAUGCAAAGGAAGCAGGAAUCUGGGUCAUUGCUCGAGCCGGCAACAAUGCUGUAUAUUAUGAAUCCUGGCUUCCAUGGAUCACGGAAAUUGGAGGAAUUCUAGCAAAGAAUCAAAUCACUAACGGAGGCCCUGUUAUCCUCAAUCAGGUUGAGAAUGAACUUCAAGAGACAACUCACUCAGCGACUAACUCUUUGGUUCUUUACAUGGAGCAAAUUAAAGCUGCAUUUCGAGAUGCUGGCAUUACUGUCCCUCUUAGUCACAAUGAGAAAGGUCAAAGAAGCAUAUCGUGGAGUACCGAUUAUCAAAACGUUGGUGGCGCUGUGAAUGUUUAUGGCUUAGAUUCGUACCCCGGUGGAUUGUCAUGUACUAACCCUGCCUCUGGUUUUAAUCUUGUUCGCAAUUAUUAUCAAUGGUUCUCAAAUUACUCUUACACACAACCAAAUUACUUUCCAGAGUUUGAGGGUGGUUACUUUACUCCAUGGGGUGGUAGCUUUUAUGAUGAUUGUCAAUCUGAACUUUCGCCUGCUUUUGCAGACGUCUAUUACAAGAACAACAUUGGGCAAAGAACAACUCUUAUGAGCUUAUAUAUGGCUUGGGGUGGUACAAAUUGGGGUCAUUCUGCAGCUCCAGUGGUGUACAGUUCUUACGACUACGCAGCUCCUCUUCGGGAAACUCGUCAAAUUCGAGACAAACUAUCCCAGACCAAACUUAUUGGACUUUUCACCAGAGUUUCUACUGAUCUGCUCAAAACAGAUAUGAUCGGUAAUGGUACUGGAUAUAGUGUAUCUUCAACUGGCAUUUGGUCAUGGGUUUUGCGAAACCCUGAUACUCAAGCUGGGUUUACAACAGUUCAACAAGCGAAGUCCAGCUCAACAGCAUCAGUAACAUUUGAUGUAUAUCUAAAUACCUCCUUGGGUGCCGUGACUGCUUCUAAUGUUAAUCUAAAUGGUCGUCAAAGCAAAAUUCUCGUCACAGAUUAUACAUUCGGAAAGCAUACACUUCUUUUUGCAUCUGCGGAUGUCCUUACAUAUGGUGUUUUCGAUGUUGACGUUUUAGUUUUAUAUCUCGAAGAAGGACAAGUUGGUCAAUUUGCUUUCAAAACUACAAAAAAAUUGACCUAUCAAGUUUAUGGAAAUUCUGUUUUCGCUACAAAUUCCACAUCCAACUAUACCUCGAGCUCACAAACAUUCACAUAUACUCAAGGAUCUGGUCAAACAGUAGUUAAAUUCUCUGAUGGAGCUUUAGUAUAUUUACUCGAUCAACCUUCAGCAUGGAAGUUCUGGGCUCCGGCGACAACAUCGAAUCCUCAUGUCAAGCCAGAUGAACAAAUAUUUGUUCUAGGACCAUACCUCGUACGAAAUGCAACCACAUCUUUUGGGGUGGUUAAUAUUUCUGGCGAUGUCGACAAAACCACAAAUAUUGAAGUCUUUUCCGGAAAUAAAUUGAUUGAGGUUAUUGCAUGGAAUGGUUUUCCAUUAUUCACAACAAAGACGAAAUAUGGUUCAUACAUCGCAAAACUUCCUGGUACUGAAGGUAGAAUUGUUUCCCUGCCAAAAUUAACCACUUGGGAAUCUGCAAACUCUCUUCCGGAAAAAGAACUCUCCUACGAUGAUUCAAAAUGGAUUGUUUGUAACAAAACAACUACAUUGAGUCCAAUUGCUCCAGCGACUCUCCCUGUCUUAUUCUCAAGCGACUAUGGAUACUACACUGGACCUAAAAUCUACCGUGGAUAUUUCGAUGGAUCCAAUUACACAUCAAUUAAUAUCACCGCAUCGGGAGGUUUAGCAUUUGGGUGGUCUGCCUGGUUAAACGGUGUUUUGAUCGGUGGAAACACUGGUAAUGCGACUGCAACAACUACCAACGCCAUUCUCGAUCUUUCAACCCACACCUCUAUUAUUAAACUCACCAAUAACCUUGUCACAGUUGUAGUAGACUAUCAUGGACACGACGAGACAUCCACUGCGAAGGGAGUCGAAAAUCCCCGUGGUAUCCUCGGCGCAUCUCUCCUACCAAAACCAAGUAAUUCCACCGGUUUCAAACUUUGGAAAAUACAAGGAAAUGCAGGAGGUAGUGCAAAUAUCGAUGCAGUACGUGGUCCUAUGAAUGAGGGUGGUUUCUACGGCGAGAGACUCGGAUGGCAUUUACCUUCUUCUCCUUCUUUGUCUUCAAAAUCUACUCCUUUGGUGGGUCUGAAUACUUCUGGAAUCGCGUGGUAUUCUACGACUUUCAAUUUGGCACUCGAUGCAGACCUCGAUGUUCCGCUUGGAAUUAAGUUCUCCGCACCAGCGGGCACUGUUGCCAGAGUUAUGUUCUGGAUCAACGGUUACCAAUACGGAAAAUACGUACCGCAUAUUGGACCGCAAACAGUGUUCCCUAUUCCACCAGGCAUCAUCAAUAACCGAGGAAAGAACAAGUUGGCGAUUAGUUUAUGGGCGAUGCAAGAUGAGGGGGCGAAGUUGGAUAGUGUGGAGUUGGUUAGUUAUGGGGUUUAUGAGAGUGGGUUUGGGUUUAGUAGGGAUUGGAGUUAUCUGCAGCCAGCGUAUAGCAGUGACAGAUUGCAGUAUGCUUAG